AUGACUUCUGUUGGUGUUCCCAUCAAGAUUCUCCAUGAGGCCGAAGGCCAUAUUGUUACUUUAGAAACCGUGACAGGUGAAAUUUACAGAGGAAAGCUUAAUGAAGCUGAAGAUAAUAUGAACUGUCAAAUGACUGAAGUUGUCGUUACUUUCCGUGAUGGACGAACCCAUCAGUUGGAGAAUGUAUUUAUUAGAGGAAAUAAAAUUAAGUUUAUGAUUCUUCCGGAUAUGCUUAAAAAUGCACCAAUGUUUAAGAAUAUUGGAAGAGCUCAAAAGGGAGCCAUUGGUAUGGGUCUCGGAGGAGAUACCAGAGGACGUCCAACAAGAGGAUCAACAUUCAAAAGAGGAAUGCCAAUGCGGGGAGGUCCAAGAGGAAUGGUCCGACCUGGCGGUACUUUCAGAGGUUAA